GUUCCAGGCCCGGCAGUGCAAUUAAGCCAUGCCUUGAGCUGGUGUAUAUUCCACCUGACGUGGGUACAGCUCCUUGCUACUUUAUUUAUUUUCCUAUCACCGAAAACCCCAGCGUCCACCUAUUGCUGCAAAACGUCUCUCGUGUUUGCUUAACAGUAACUACCCAAACUUUCAUAUCGGCCUGCACGCGUGCCCGUCCCUAUUUCUGCGGAAUCUCCCUUGCAUCGGAAACUUUGAGCAUAUGGUCUCUGUCACUAUAUUCCUGCCUUUAAGCCGCGCCAACUGUGAUAUGUGACAGAGGCAGGUUACUCGAGCCAAAAAGCACGUUGCAAACGAUAAUUCGGGAUCCGGCAUCUGCAAAAAAAAAGUCUUGAGUCCAGACUCAAAGAAUAGCCAUGACCGGAAACAAGAUGGCAGAUGGCAAUUCGGACGUUGGCAAUACAUUGCCGUCCAGCACCGCAUCGUCGACAGCUAAAGAGCAGAAGCAUCACCCUGGGCCACGGAGAGUCGCCUCCUCUAUGCUGGGUCGUCUGUGUCCCGUGUUGUCAUCAUCAACAGCGAGAGCUCCUCCACCAACCGGACUAGAGAACGAAACCGAAAACGAUAAAGAAGCUACCACCACCACUACAACCACCACCAUGGCCAAAGACGCACCGCCCAAGAGUGAAGAGGAAAAGCUGACUCUGGUGCCAAUCCCCGAGCCGAAGGGUUUACCAGUUCUGGGCCACGUCACGCUCAUCGACAAGGACUUGCCGGUUAAGUCGUACUACGAUUAUGCACAGAAGAUGGGCCCCAUAUACAAGAUGAGUUUCUUCACGCUUGAUUUUGUUAUUCUGUCAAACCACGAGUUGACGCACGAGGUUUGCGACGACAAGCGAUUCAAAAAGUGUAUAGAAAAUGAAAUUGCGGAGCUGAGAUGGGGUACGGGUGAUGGCCUAUUUACAUCCAGGGGUGAAGAAGAGGAAAACUGGGGGAUAGCGCACCGCGUCCUAGUCCCAGCCUUUGGGCCCCUGACCAUCCGCAACAUGUUUCCCGAGAUGCACGACAUCGCAUCGCAGCUGGCCCUGAAAUGGGCUCGGCACGGCGCGCAGGCCCCCAUCAACAUCGCCGAGGACUUUACGCGCCUGGCCAUGGACACCAUCGCGCUGUGCGCCAUGGGCUUCCGCUUCAACUCGUACUACCGCUCCGACGUGCACCCUUUCAUCGACGCCAUGUACAGCUUCCUGCGCGCCGCCGGGCUCCGCAUCACCCGGCCGCCCGGCCUCCCCGCCCUGUUCUUCCGCAAGGCGGACAAGAAGUUCGCCAAGGAUAUUGCGCUGCUGAGGGAGACGGCUGAAGAGGUCAUCAGGAGCAGAAAUGCCGAGGUGGAGGCUCGAGGACCGGGUGACGGGACGCCGCCGAGGAAGGACCUGUUGACGGCGAUGCUUGAGGGCGUCGACAAGAAGACAGGCAAGAAGAUGACGGAGGACAGUAUAGUCGAUAACCUGAUCACGUUUUUGAUAGCUGGCCACGAGACGACGGCGUCGACGCUUGCUUUCACGGUUUACAGGCUGCUGGCGCAUCCCGAGGUGUACCGUAAGGCGCAGGACGAGAUUGACCAGGUCGUGGGUAAGGGAGAGCUUACGAUCAACCAUCUCGCGAAGCUCAAAUAUAUCAGCGCUGUCAUCCGCGAAACGAUGCGCUUCAACCCGCCGAUACCCUUUCUCGCCCGCGAAGCCCUGACCGACACCGUCGUCGGCGGCAAAUACCCCGUCAAGGCCGGGCUGCAGUUCGCGACGCUGAUCGAGCUCGUGCAGCGUGACCCGGCCGCGUACGGGGCCGACGCCGACGAGUUCAAACCCGAGCGGAUGCUGGACGGACCGUUCGAUGAACGCAUGAAGAAGUUCCCGCACUGCUGGAUGCCCUUUGGCACGGGCGUGCGCGCCUGCAUCGGGCGGCCGUUCGCGUGGCAGGAAAUGCUGCUCGCGUUGGCGUUGCUGCUGCAGAAUUUCAAAUUUGUCAAACAUGACCCCGGCUACGAACUGAAGGUCUCCCAAACCUUGACCCUCAAGCCGGAUGGGUUUGUGGUCAGGGCCAUGUUGAGAGACUGCAUGACGCCAGGGAUGUUGGAAAGUAGGCUGGCUGGUGUUGGUGGUAGUAAAGGCUCGGCCAAGCAAGGUACGGAAGACACGGACACCAAUGCCAACCCGGACGGCGCAGGACCCGGUACCGCACACCAGACUCCCUACUCGACCGGCCUGAAGCCGCUGACGGUGCUUUACGGAUCCAACUCCGGCACAUGCGAGUUCAUGGCCCAGCGGCUGGCAGCCGACGCGGCGCGGCACGGGUUCGCCGCGGCCAUCGACACGCUCGACGCGGCGACCGAGGCGCUGCCCACCGACAGGCCCGUCGUCAUAAUCACGGCGUCGUACGAGGGCGAGCCGACGCACAACGCAGCGCACUUUGCCAAGUGGCUGGAGUCCCUCGCGGGGAAAACAGGGGCGUUCAGGGGCGUCAGGUACGCCGUCUUUGGGUGCGGGCAUAGGGAUUGGGUAAAAACCUUCCACAAGGUGCCGAAGAUGAUUGACGAGCGGCUGGCUGCGCUCGGAGCCGAGAGGCUGGUUGAGAUGGGUUGCACGGACGCCAAGGAGCGGGACAUGUUUUCCGACUUUGAAGCGUGGGAGGAUGAUAUCUUUUGGCCGGCUGUUGGUGAUGGUGUCGAGCAAGGUCGCGUUGGUGGGAGUGAGACGACCGAGAGCAGUGAGGGCUUGCUGCAGGUGACGCUGUCGACGCCGCGGGCCACGAUUCUACACCAGGACGUGCAAGAGGCCAAGGUUGUGUCGGUGCGGGCGUUGACGCACCGAGAUGAUGCCGACGGGAGAACAGGAGGGACGGGAAAUGUUGGCAAGGGUCAUGUGGAGGUGCAGCUGCCGCCGGGCACGCAAUAUUGCACGGGAGACUAUCUCGCUGUCCUGCCACACAACCCGCGGACGACGGUGGCACGUGUAAUGCGACGAUUUGGGCUUGCAUGGGAUGCACAUGCAAGCAUUAGAGCACCAGGACCGACGGUGUUGCCGACAGGCGGGAGUGUUCCUGUCGCUGAGCUGCUGACAAGCUAUGUCGAGCUUGGUGUUGUUGCAUCGAGGCGGAACAUCUUGACCUUGGCUGGAGCUGCCACAGACCCAGCCGUAAAGGCCAAGCUAGAAAAUCUCGCAUCAGACGGGUAUGAAGAGCUCGUCAAGGACAAGCAGCUCUCCGUCCUCAGCAUCGCAGAGCAGUUCCCCGACCUAGAAAUCCCACUCGGCACAUUCAUCACCCUGCUCCCACCAAUGCGAGUCCGUCAAUACUCCAUCUCAUCCUCCCCGCUCGCGAACCCCACAACCGCCAGCAUAACCUAUAGCGUGCUCGACUCGCCCUCAACGUCCGGCCACGGCCGCCACGUCGGCGUCUGCUCCAGCUAUCUCGCGACGUUGGAGCCGGGCCAAAAGGUGCAGGUGUCGGUGCGGCCCGGCGCCGUCGGCUUCCGCCCUCCACCACCAUCGCCCAGCGACGCCGCACCCACGACUCCCGUCGUAAUGAUCGCCGCGGGCACGGGCAUCGCGCCGUUCCGGGCAUUUUUGCAGGAGCGCGCCGAGAUGCUCCGCAACGGACGGGUGCUCGCGCCGGCCGUGCUGUUUUUCGGCUGCCGCGGUCCGGGAGACGAGGACCUGUACCGCGAUGAGCUGGACGCCUGGGAGGAGGAGGGGGUGCUGGAUGGGGUGUUUCGUGCGUACAGUAGGGAUCAUGCUGCCGAGGGUGCAGGGUGUAGGUAUGUGCAGGACCGGGUGCGGGCGGAGAGGAGAAGGGUGGGCGAAAUGUGGGAGCAAGGGGCUAGGGUUUACGUGUGUGGGUCGGCAAAGAUGGGUGAGGGUGUCAAGGAUGCUAUGUUGAGCAUCAUCAUCGAGAGGAGUAGGGAAGCGAAUGGUGAGGAGAUGGGAGCCGACGAAGCCGAGGAGUACUUUCAGAGUAUGCGGAACCAGAGGUAUGCGGUGGAUGUGUUUGAUUAGGCAUCAGCUGAAUUCUUUUGCAGCAUCUCUGUUGUGAGCUGUCAUCGCUUCGGGGGUAUUUUAUUUUCUUUAUUCUUUUUUUUUGGGCCUGUUCCACAAACCAGCUUUAAUAAUGCUUGUUGAUCCCCUUCUCCGUCACCUCCAACGGCCUCACAACCCCCUCGAUCCACUCCUUCUUCUCCUCACUCUCGUACCGCGGAUACGGCCUGCGGCAGUGACUGCUCUCGAGCGGGUAGCCCCUCAACUUGGCGACGAUGAACUUCGUCCCGUUGAUGCCGCCCUUGCCGAACCCCCACUCCAUCUUGGCCAGCUCUAGCUGGGCCUCUUCCGCCUCUUUCGUCCUGCCGUCCCUGAACAGCUCAAAGAUGCGAACGCAGCACCUGGGGUAGAGGUUUGCGACGCCCGUGAUGCUGCCGACGCUGCCGACCGCCAUGGCCGGGACCAACCAGUCGCUCUGGCCGGCGAGGGUGAAGAAGUCGUCGGGCGCGAACUGCGCCGACACGCGCGCCACCUUGGCGAUGCCGCCGCACGUCAGCUUGACGCCUAUGAUGUUGGGGUGCUGGCCCAGCGCCGCCAGCAUCUCCGAGUUGACGUCCAGGCCGGCCACGACGCCGGGGAAGUUGUAGAUUAUCACGGGCACGGGGCUGGCGUCGGCGAGUUCCCGGAAGAAGGUUACGAUGGCCGCCUCGGUCAUGGCAAAGUGGAAGUAGCUGGGGACGAGGACCAGGGCGUAGUCGGCGCCGGCUUCGGCGGCCAGCUGCGUCUCGGCGAUCACCUGCUGCGUGGUCUGACCUCCGCAGCCGAGCGUGAUGGGGAGUUGGGGUUGGCUGAGGUUUGUGGCAAUCUCCCGGGCGGUCUGGACCAGUUGGCGCUUUUCUUGAGCUGAGAGGGUUACUGCUUCACCGUUGGUGCCGGCAAUAACAACUGUGUAGACCGGACCGGACCAGGAACUCAAAGUGCUUCUUUUGAACCACCCAGUCAAUUUCUUGUGCUGGAGUGUCCUGGAACCAUGUUAAGCUGGGAACGUGGAUUCCGUGAGGGAAUGGUUUCCUGGUGGUUGAAGCCAUAUUGUGAUGCGAUAUGGGAUGCGGGGUUGUUUCCGGGGAGUUGAAUCUGGGUAAAUAUGAAAAAAAGAAAAAGAAAAAAAAAUCGUCACCUCAGUCUGGGGAGAGAAUUAUGCGCCUCCCAGACAAAUAGUCUCCAACAAAAGACCGCAUUUUUAUUUGUAGUAUUUUUAUUGCCUCCGCAAACGGCUUGUUUGUUGACUCGCGAGGGGCAGAUGAUGGCAUCGAUGGCCGGUGGAUAUUGUUGGUGCAAGGAACGGGAGCCUGUCACUUAGCUGCAGCGUGGAGAAGCCCCCAAUUUCACCGUGGUUCUUGCAGUUUAGGGAGACCGAAGUCGUUCGCUUGUCGGCUAAAUUUACCGAUAGGCGAGCCGAUGCGGUUUCACCCCACUGCCUACUUCUAGCUCCAAAUAGACUAUCUUAACCUCCAAUCUGGCUAUUACCUUUUGUCAAUGUCAGAGGCUUUCAUGAAAAUAACAAAAAGUAGUCAGUCUUGAAAAGUCGAGAAAAAGAAAACCCCGAAAUGGCCCCAUGUGACAGAAUGGCAGUAGAAGGAAGCCACAAAAACCACAUCAUCCUUGCCUGCCUAUGGCUGGCCGUGCAACACCCAUAAAACGUUCGAUAUCCCUAUCAUAGUCCGUACUUUUUGUAUCUCUUUGAUGUUUAGUCAUAAUAACCGAAUCCAGUCAAAAGAGCGCUUAAAAUUCCAGUCCUCAUCAAUUGUCCACUCUCCACACGUUUGGAACGAUCGACGAGUCUAGAGACAGCAAGUUGUUGCCCGAUUGCUGCUGCUGCUGCUGCUGCUGCGUCUGUUCAGCAUCACCUCCUUUCCGUCCGCAAUGAUUACAUUGCUGCUCAUUAUCAGCCUCA